AUGGGGAGGGACGAAGUCACGAAGAAGAAGAAGAAAAACCUUAUGGAAAGCAGCAGCCGACUGAACACUCAAGCGAACGGCGGUCGACGGAGGUUAUAUUUCUGCAGUCCUGCUGUCCUGGCUCCGACGACUAGCAAGGAUGUGAGAGGGUAUUACAUCCACCAUUUUCACCGUCCUUACCACCAGCGACUUUGCUCCGGCGACUUACCACCUUCGUCUCCUAUGUCGACAGCACCACCGCCACCACCAUCUCCUCCGCCGACUUCUGCUACCGCCAUAAAUCACCACCUCCUUCUCCGAUCCUCAGUGAAUAUCCAUAUCUACAUCAGAUCUUACUAG